AUGAAUACAACCAUCCCAACCUGGGAGACAGAACUCACCCCAACUAACGCAAGCAAUCAGGCCCUUCCUCAAUGGCCUUUCAAAGUGAAGAUCCUGAUCUUGGCCUUGGUGGACCUCAUCAUCGCCCUGGUUGGGCUGGCGGGAAAUGCGGCUGUGCUCUGGCUCCUGGGUUUCCGCAUGCGCAGAAACACCUUCUCCAUCUACGUCCUCAACCUGGCUGCGGCCGACUUCCUCUUCCUCUGCAGCCACAUGACCCGUUCCCUGCUGAAACUCAUCCAACUUUUGCAGUCCAUUUAUGUCUACCUUCCCAGAUUCUUGCUCACUCUGACAGCCUUUCUCUACACCGCGGGCCUGAGCAUGCUCAGUGCCCUGAGCACCGAGCGCUGCCUGUCUGUCGUGUGGCCCAUCUGGCACCACUACCACCGCCCCAGACACCUGUCGGCUGCCAUCUGUGCCCUGCUCUGGGCCCUGUCCUUGCUGCUGAGCUUCCUGGAAGGGUACAACUGUGGCAUCGUCUUUGAGAAAUCUAAUCAUUAUUGGUGUGAAACAUUUAAUUCCAUUAUUGCCGGUUGGACGAUUGUCUUAUGCGUGGUUCUCUCCGGGUCCAGCUUGGCUCUGCUGUUCAGGUUGUUCUGCAGUUCCCGGCGUAUGCCACUGACCAGGCUCUACACCACCAUCCUGCUGUCGGUGUUGGUCUUCCUCCUCUGCGGCCUUCCCCUUGGCAUCCUCCGGUUUUUCUUGUUCUCCAUUCAGAAUGACUCCUUGAAUUCAUAAAAUCUCACCUGGGCUUUGUUUAUCCUGUCUGGUAUUAACAGCAGCACCAACCCCAUCAUCUACUUUUUUGUUGGCUCCUUUAGGUGGAAGCGGGGGCAAACACUCCAGUUUGUUCUACAGAAGGCAUUAGAUGACAGAGCUGAGGUGGGGAAACUUGGAAAAAGAAUUCCUCCGGAAACUAUAGAGGUUCCAGCAUCCCAUUCACCUAGCAAUUCUUUAUCUACCAGGGUUCAUUCAGAGAAGUAG